AUGGGGUUGUGGACUUUGCUCCAAGGCUUUUUGCUACUUGCAAAUGCAUUUGCAGUACUGAAUGAGGAUCGGUUUCUUGGUCCGAGGGGGUGGACCUUGCUACAAAUACAAGGAGGAAAAACCACGCUUAAGGGACAGAUCAUAGGGUUUAUACAUGCAUGCCAAUACUUCAGAUUACCUCUUAUAGUUUUGAACAUCAUAACCAUUGCAGUGAAGCUAAUCUCUGGGUGA